AUGGAUAGCCGCGACAUCACUUCUCGCGACGGACAUGACGAUACAGAGAACGUCACCCCUCGAGACCCAAAGCAAUUUCGACCCGGCACCUACAACCCCGACUCCGACUCCCAGUUCAAUGUCAUUCCCGAUCUUGACUCUACACCCAUAAGUUACCACCCUGAACGACCACCCAUUUCUCAGGCCAACAGCGUUGCCUCAUCCUCUUUAGCAAGCUAUGCCAGCGAUCUUUCGCUCGGCUCGGGCCCGGGGACCCCAACCAAGAAGCGCCGACGACAGUCGAGUCCCCGGAAACAGACCGUCCUCAUGGCCAUGGAGAAGGCUGUCGAGUCUGUAAGCUUCGACAGUGAUGCCGAGCUCCCACCUGCAGUAGAUGAUAUCGUGUCGCGGAUCGAAGAGCUGGCCAGGGGCGAAGGAAUCAUUUCGCACACGGAGAAGGAAACACUCAAUCAACAACGUGGAGCAUCUCGCCGAUUCAGAUGGAUCAAAGAAACCUCUUUUGCCCGGCCGCCGUCCGGCCAAGCCGAAUCAACCCGCGACGAACUCGGACCGACACCCACUCUUGAGAGGGUGAACAAAAUCUGGACAGACGCGGACGACUGUCAGAGCUUCCAGCACUUUGAGAUGCAGUGGAAUUGCGCUGUUCAUUUCAAAAUCCUCGAGAUGGCGCUGGCGCACUUUCAACACCUUGGCUUCUGCAUCUGCACUGGGGUUCAAAUUCAUCCAAACUACACUCGCGGCGCGAAAGCCUCCCAUCAUAACAAGAAAGUCGACUUCUGCGUCUUCGUCAACGAACAGUCCCCGGAGCUCACGCGAGCAGCUCUUACCUCCCCCUUCCAGUCCAUCAACCAUACCGAGUACCCUGCACUGCUCGAGCGCCCGAUCGCUCUGUCCCUUGAGACCAAAGUCACUGGGCAGGACUGGGCCGAGGCCUUCAACCAGAUCAGCGUCUGGCUCCUCGCUCAGUGGGAUGCCUUGGACGAUCUCGUAUUGCGUACGCGAUCACGGGGCAAUCCUGCAUCUAACAGUGUUCGUUCUGGCAAUGCUUACGACCCAAAGCCUUCUGCUGCUGCUGCGGCUGGGUUGGUCUUUUUACCGGGCAUCGUCGUACAAGGACACGACUGGUAUUUCGUUGCCAUGACACGGUCUGCGGCGGGCAAAUCUCGGCUGUACAGUCGAGUCCUGUGCGGAUCCACCCAAAAGACAGAAGGGGUAUACCAGGUCGUUGCAGUGUUGCAGUUGCUCGGCAGGUACAUUGAAAACGAGUACUGGCCGUGGUUCCAGCAGACCAUUCUCACUGAUAUCUGA